AUGACCCUGCGGCGGCUGCGGCGGCUCCGGCCGAAGGAGGAGGAUGAGGAGGAUGCGGCGGCAGCUCCACCGGUACCGGAGCCUACCGGCCCCGCCGAUGUCUACCGGGCACUGGCGGCCGCCGGCGGCACCCUGCCCCGGGUGCGCAAGGCUGCAGGGUUCAAGUGGGCAUCCCCGAGCCAGUCCCCGGAGGAGCACAGGAGGGUGGUGACGCUGGAGAAGAAGGCAGAAGAGACCUUCGGCUUUGAGAUCCAGACCUAUGGGCUGCACCACCAGGACAAGAACAGUGUGGAGAUGUUCACCUUCGUGUGCAGGGUGCACGGUGGGAGCCCGGCCGAGGCAGCAGGACUCAAGGCUGGGGACACCAUCACGGGGGUGAACGGACUCAAUGUGGAGGGCAUCCGGCACCGUGAGAUCGUGGAGAUCAUCAAGAGCUCGGGCAACAUGCUCCGGCUCGACACUCUCUAUGGGACCUCCAUCCGGAGGGCUGAGUUGGAGGCCAGGCUGCAGUACCUGAAGCAAACGCUCUACGAGAAGUGGGGGGAGUACCGCUCGCUGAUGGUGCAGGAGCAGCGGCUGGUGCGGGGCGUGGUGGCCAAGGACCCCAGCAUCUACGACACGCUGGAGUCGAUCCGGUGGUGCCUGGGGGAGGGGGGGCUGCCCGGCGGCUCCUCCCGUGCCAGCGGCAGCGAUGAGUCCCUGUACCAGACCUGCGUCUUCGCCUCCACCGACUCCCUGGACGGCGACAAGGACAAGGACGGGGACCAAGCGUGCCCCGCACCCCCCCCACCGCGACCCCGGCCAGCCCUGGCCCGCAGCGCCAGCCUCAAAUGUGCCGGGGGGCCGGGGGCUGCCGGGCGCCUGUGGGCCCGGGCCGGGGAGCCCGGGGAGGGGGCGGCUGCCCCCCGUAAAGGGAGACACAGCAGCUUCCGCCAGCGGCUGCUGAAGUUCAUCCCGGGACUGAACAGGGCGCUGGAGGAGGAGGAAAGUCACCUCUAGCCGGGGGCACCGCGGCCCCCCCAGGCCUAUUUAUUUAUUUAUUGCGAGGGGCUGCCUCUGUCCCUCCCCCCUCC